ACACCGUUGUUAUCAAACUUCUAGGAAUAAGUUAUAUUAGCUUUACAAAAUCGAAGGAGCACUCAGUAGUAAUCGUGUCAGGAUUACCCUUUUUUUGCUUCAGUUCUUGCAAAGUUUUCGUUGAACCACCGGAUAUUUUGCAAUGUUUCGUUAAAAACAAGUCCCUAAAGUUGCUAAUCUUUUGCUAAUCUGAUCUAACUUUGCUUCCUACUCGUGUUUUCGUAAUUGUUUGCUCAGCUCUUCUAAUUCUGAAUGGGGAGUCUCAAUGCGUAAAGUGAGAGAACAAAUAAAGUAUGAAGAAAAUUAUCCUGCAGCGAAACAAAGUACUAGCACAAGAAGACCCUUCGUAUUUUUCUGCGUUUGCCAGUAAAAGCGUUGAUGGUCUUAUUGGCUUAUGCCCUUUUGAUGGCCUCUAUCCAAAGCAUCCGGCUUUGACACUCUGCAAAAACCUCAGCAGUCCUUCAUCCUCAACAACCGAAGAAAUACCAUCCAAGGAAAUUGAAAGUUUAUUUUUUGACUGCAAACCAUCAAGUCCAGCAGAAGACACUGAAUCAUGCAGAUCCUUGUUUAGCUCCGAGCAAUCGUUAUCUAAGUGCACGGAAAACAGCAGCCAGAUCCCUUUGUCAAGCAUUACAUCGUUGUCGCCGCCUUCAUCCCCUAACGAAAAACCCUUCGCUGAUCAGAUCAAGGCCGCUUCAUCUUCAAGUAGCAUAGACUGGGCUACCCACUUCAAAAGAGCAGAUUUCGGUCCUGAAUAUGGCUUCCGACCCAGGCGAAAACUGCUGAAGUACAGCUCUCAGAAAAAGGGCUGGUCUAAACUGCGGCUAACAAAGAUGCAACAAGAUAAACAUAUGAAUGAAACGAAAGAAAAGAAGCGCCCCGGUCGUAAACCAGGAAGAAAGCCGAAAAUACCGUUGCCGGAGAAGCCUGUGAAAAAACCCAGAGCCAAGGUUGAUGACGCCAUCAACUGCAUUUGCAUGUGUUGUUGGGAUAUUGGGCCGCAAAUCGAAUGUGAGCAAUGCGGUAAAUGGCAGCACAUUAUGUGCGUCGGUGUCUCUGAUAACGACACGGAUGGAUACAAAUGCCACGUAUGCGAUGCAUCUCGAAAACUACCUCUUGCCGAUUCCGAGGAAGCGUACAGAGCGUUCACCGCGUACGCGAUGUCACUACCCGUUGAUGGAAACGAGGCCAGUUCAUCUACAGCAGUGGAAAGUAGUAAAACGGAUUCGCCAGCGCAACCUAUUCCACCCGAACCGCUGCGCAAACGUGGAUGGAAACGGAAGCAGGCGCCUGAUAAGCAUGUGGAGGAAGUGAAACUUCCUCGUACUCCUGAACAAAAGAAGAGCGAGGCCAGCGUAAAGCGGCUUCUUAAGCAUCCCCGACUGUUUUCGGAACCGGAGAAAAUAGAAUCUCCAACAAAAAUGCAGCCGCCGCUAAAUUCUGUCCGAACGAGCGGAGGCCACUCUGUGGAUGGAGGCGUUAAGAAAUGUGCUGUUGGCAAACCCGCUUUACGAAAAAGCGAUGGGCGGACUGACCGGGAAGCAGUGAUAAGACACGGCUCUAGUAAACUCGAUCAGUUGUUGCUAACCAAAAGAAAUAAGGAAAAUGACGAAAAUACGAGUACUACUCAGGCAGCUGCAAUACCGCCACUCAGCUGAACGUUGAGCUCUGAUAAGCCGUUCUCUUGUGUAAUUCAUUUAGCUUGGUGGAAACAGAUUGUUGGUCUAUUAUGCUAAAAUCUAAAACAAAAAAAAACGUUAACGUUUAUUAUCAAUAAAUGAGAUGGUGAUUCCAGAAAGAGACAAAUGC